AUGGAAAAUGCAUCGAAUGAAAAACCAGCACAGAUUCCAGGAGCCAGCGAAGGUCGGAAAUCAACGCCUUAUCAGCGGAUAGUGAUAGCCUGCCCUGAAAAUCACAUUAUCGUAGUGAAGAGAUUUUCGAACGGAGGUAGGAAUAUUCUUACGCUAAGUGUGAAGGAUACAAUGACUCCACACUCAAUGGUUCGUUUGUUUCUGUUACAGAAGUUAAAGUCGAAGGAGGACGACUGGUCGCUGUUGAAGACAAGAAAGGCCGCUAG